UUUUCUCGGUUAUCCGGAUAUAUGCCAAUCAAAGUGUGCAUAUGCAAUGAAUGCAAUACAAUCACUUCCGGGUACGGUACGGAUAUCCAAUACAGAUUGAAAAUAAAGAUGGCUGGAAUAGCGAGCUUGGUGGGGUUGGCCUUCUCGGCGUCUAUGGGAAUUCUUAUGAUUGUACUUGCAUGUGCAAUUCCUGGUUUUGGCCAAGUAUGGUGGCCCAUGUUUGUCCUGGUAUUCUAUAUUCUAUGCCCAAUCCCUAUGUUGAUCAGUAAGCGACUAGCCAGCUCGGAUAGCAUCGGUGCCACCAGCAGUGCGCUACAAGAGCUCUGUGUUUUCUUGACGUCAGGCAUCGUGAUGUCAGCGUAUGGUCUACCCAUGGUCCUCAUGCACGUUGGAACGUUAACAUACCAAGCCCUUCUCCUGGUUCUAUUUGGCAACACGUGGAGCUUCAUCACUAUUCUCAUCUUCUUCAGAAUAUUCCGACAAGACGAUGAUUUUGAGUUCCAGGCUUGGUGAAAAAUAGCUGGUUCACUAAUAAUUGUUUCAAAAAGUCCUUAAUAUAGAUCCAUGGGCAUUCAUUGACUGUUGUAAGAAAGGAUUUUCUGUUCGGCGUCCCCAAGCCCUCGAAGCCAAACCUGAAUAACCUUAUACUGUAUUCUCAUUAGAACAUGGAAAACUGUGUGUACAUGUAGGAUUGUGCUUCAAGAAGCAAUCGUAUAAAUCUUUGCUCUAAUUGGAAAUAAUACUUCUGCCCUACUUUUACAUCAUGAAGAAA